AUGUUGGCCAGCAUUACAGCUAGAUCUUCUCUUGCAAAGCCUCUUUCCUCAUUGCUAAUAAAGAGCAUACAGGACAAUCAGAUCUUGGUUUCCCAUGAUGGUCAUGCUAGAAUUUUGUCACUCAACAGACCUGAAAAAUUAAACUCUUUGUCGUCGAGUAUGUGCAAAGAGAUAAGCGAAAGAUUGGUUGAAUAUUCAAAAUCAAACCUAAAUAAUUUGAUUAUAUUGAAUUCAACUAGUCCCAAGGCUUUUUGUGCUGGAGGAGAUGUUGUUACUGCCGUUGAAAAUAUUAAUGCCAAAAAUCCUAAAGCAGCCUGUGAGUUUUUCCACCAAGAAUACUCGUUGAAUUAUCUUUUGUCCAUAUAUUCAAAGCCAGUAAUAACCCUUAUGAAUGGUAUUACAAUGGGUGGGGGAGUUGGUUUGUCAGUUCAUACACCUUUUAGAAUUGCAAGUGAAGAUACCAGAUUAGCCAUGCCAGAGAUGGAUAUUGGAUUUAUACCAGAUGUAGGCACCUCUUUUUUUCUUCCCAAAUUGGAUGGCUCUUUAGGUUAUUAUUUAGCAUUGACUGGUGAUGAUUUGAUUGGAAUUGACAAUUUAAUUGCAGGUACUGCUACCCAUUAUGUGCCAAAAGUCAGAAUUCCUGAAUUAACCAAAAGAUUAACCUCAUUAACUUAUCCUAAUGAUUUAUUACAAGAUAUCGGCAAUCAACCAAACAUUUCAAAUCUUUCACCUCAAACUAAAGAAUUUUUCUCGAUAACCAAUCAGGCUAUUGAAGAAUUUUCCGAUUCAGUUCCUGAAAAUCACAAAUUCAAGUUGUCUAAUCAAGAAAGACAUUUAGUCGAUAAAGUGUUUGAUUCCAAUUCUAUCUAUUCUGCAUUUGAAACUUUAGAAUCAUUGAUUAUUAAAGCCGAAGGCUCUGAAUAUGCUGAUUCAAAACCUUUUUUGCUUGAUUUAAAAAAAAAAUUAAAUAAAAAAUCCCCAUUAUCUCUUUCACUUGCUUAUGAAUUGUUAAACAGAGGUUCAGAAUCAAAUAAUUAUGACAGCUUGAGAGAGGAAUUAGUAGCUGCACAAAACAUUAUUCUCAAGUCAAAAUCUACUGAUUUUGUUACUGGUGUCACAGAAAAAUUAAUCAAAAAGACUAAUUCACCUCUCUGGAAACAUAAAAGUUAUAAUGAUGUUCAAGUAAAGGAUGUAACUGCACUCUUAUCAACCGAAAAACUUCCAUUCACUGAACUAAAAAACUAUAUUAAUGAAGAUAAUGCAAAUGUUAAAUUUUCCUCCUAUCCAGCAAAUUUUGCAUUGCCAUCAGAAAACGAGGUUAAGGACUAUAUUACAGGCAAUGACGGCACCGGUAGAGACUAUGCCGUUACUCUGAAGGAAGUGUUUAAUAGAUUUGCGCUAAAGUAUAACGAUAAAGCUGGUAUGAAGUGGAAGAUUAAAAACAUAUUAGAAAGAAAAACCAGGCCAAAUAAAUUUGACAAUCAAUAUUUAGAAUGGAGUUAUUGA